CAAUCAAGUUGAAGGUUUUUCUAACAAUUUUCAGUUCAGUGAGAGGGCAUCAUUCAAUAACUCAUGCCAUGAUGAAAAACGCCGAAGCCAACCCACCACCCAAAAGAACCGUCAAAGGGAAGGCAAAGAUCGGUGGGGAGGGAAAGACUAGAAAAGAAAAAGCAUAAAGAAAAAAGAAUUGAAGAACAGAAGCAAACAAACCAGAGCAUGGCAGACACUGUGAGGGGUGCCAGUGUUGUUGGCAACCUUCCUCAUGUGUUAGGUACCGCACUAGCACCGCAUGCUGGGCAUAUCGAUAUAUCUGAAGGGUGGUAAUCACUUUGGGUCCCUGAUCGCGUUUCCCCCCCACACUCGAUUGAUCUUCCCCAUCUUGCUGCUUCGGAGACAUGUCGAUCGCUUUUGCAGCCAUGCGCAGGUCCAGCUACACCAUCUGCACGACUUGGACCGCCACGUUCCAUCUGCGCAAGAUGAGCGCGGAGUCAUUGGCUGCUGUUACUAGACUUAAAGAUUCCGGCUUCAUAAAAACGCAAGGCCUCGUUGGUGGGAAAUGGGUAGAUGCUGAAGAUGGAAAAACUCUAAAGGUAGAAAAUCCCGCUACUGGUGAUCUUAUUUGUACAGUCCCAUACAUGGGCCAAAAGGAGACGAGUCAAGCAAUUUCAUCAGCAUAUGAAACGUUCCAAUCUUGGAAGAAACUUUCUGGGGCUGAAAGAAGCAAGCACUUACGGAAAUGGUAUGAUUUGUUAACUGCCCAUAAGGAAGAACUGGCUCAGCUCGUGACACUUGAACAAGGAAAACCAAUGAAGGAAGCCCUGGGGGAGAUAACCUAUGGUGCCGACUUUGUUGAGUUCUAUGCGGAGGAGGCAAAACGUGUAUAUGGUGAUCUUCUGCCUUCUCCCCUCACUGAUCGACGUUUACUUGUCUUGAAACAGCCUGUUGGUGUGGUUGGGGCAAUCACUCCUUGGAACUUCCCUUUGGCUAUGAUCACAAGGAAGAUUGGUCCUGCUCUUGCUUGUGGCUGCACCGUUGUUGUUAAACCAUCAGAGCUUACACCAUUGACGGCAUUAGCAGCAGCUGAACUUGCAUUACAAGCUGGAAUACCACCGGGUGCAUUCAAUGUUGUAAUGGGCAAUGCUUCUGAGAUUGGAGAUACUUUACUGGCUAGUCCUCAGGUAAGAAAGAUCACAUUCACAGGCUCAACGGCUGUUGGAAAGAAACUAAUGGCUGGUGCUGCAGAGACAGUUAAGAAGGUGUCCUUGGAACUUGGUGGGAAUGCUCCUUGUAUUGUAUUUGAUGAUGCUGAACUGGAUGUUGCAGUUAAAGGAGCUCUUGCUGCAAAAUUUCGUAAUAGUGGUCAGACCUGUGUAUGUGCUAACAGGAUACUAGUACAAGAAGGUAUUUACGAAAAGUUUGCAAAUGCUUUUGCUGAUGCUGUACAACAGCUGCAAGUAGGGAAUGGAUUGACGGAAGGUGUUGCCCAGGGUCCAUUGAUCAAUGAAGCUGCUGUACAAAAGGUUGAAUCAUUUAUACGUGAUGCCACAAACAAGGGUGCAAAAGUUUUGAUUGGAGGAAAAAGGCAUAGUCUUGGUAUGACAUUUUAUGAACCAACAGUGCUGGGCAAUACAAAUACAGAAAUGUUGAUAUCCAGGGAAGAAGUAUUUGGACCUGUUGCACCUUUAUUGCGUUUUAAGACGGAGGAGGAGGCUAUUCAUAUGGCUAAUGAUACAAAUGCAGGACUAGCUGCAUAUGUUUUUACCAAUGAUAUCUCACGGUCAUGGCGGGUGACGGAAGCCCUUGAAUAUGGGUUGGUUGGUGUAAAUGAAGGACUAGUUUCUACUGUGGUGGCUCCAUUCGGUGGAUACAAACAAUCAGGGCUUGGGCGAGAAGGUUCCAAGUAUGGAAUCGACGAGUACCUAGAGCUGAAAUACGUAUGCCUCGGGAACAUGAAGAGCGCAUGAAGCUGUUCUAUGCCUUCUGCAAUUUGUGAUCCUGCGAUUCAGUGCGGUAGAGAGGCGCAGCAGGGGGUGGGAGUUAAUAAUCAGAGAGAGAGAGAGAGAGAGAGAGAGAGAGGUCAAUAAUCUGUAUGCGGAACAGAUUUCUUGGUUUUGUAGUUGGAUCGACCUUUGAAGCCUGAUCUCGGACUAAAAUUCUGCAAAUUAAACAUCGAACCUGAACUA